GUCUUCUGCGAGCAAAUCACCUGCAAAGCCGAUCAGAAAUUGGAGAUGAAAAACGCGAAACCAAUCAGAAGUCUCCCGACCAUGCACGGCGGCUGGUUUCAUUUCGAGUGCAACUUUGGCUACACGCACGACAGUACUGCAACUUCCUCGACGGGGGGACAAACAAAAAUAACUUCUCUGGACGACCAACAGACGAUGUUGAGAGCGGAGAAGCAUAACCAAUUUUCUCUCCCCUGCACGGACACGCGGAAAAUUCCUGGUAGUUCGGGUUCUUCUAAAUCCGAUGAGAACGUCUUUGCCUACGUUGCAGAUGAAGUCGUGGAAAAAGCGCGGAAUUUCUUCUGCAGCAAGAAGAAAAAGGGGUACUGUAGGCAGUUCGAAAUGGUGAACGCGAAGAUUUUAUGCAUUGCAAAAGUAUCGUACUCGUAUUGCAAUCAUGCACUACAAAUCUUGUUCUUGAGGUAAAUCAGCAAUACAAAUUUUAUUUCUCAUCAUGCUAAGGAAAUUUGUGAGUGCGAUACUUUUGCAAUGCAUAGAUUUUUUCACCAGAAGCGC